UUGUCUUGUUUAUGUCAUUUUUUCCAGGGUGCAAGUGUUGUUAAUCUUCCGGAUCGGGAGUCAGUAUAUUUUAGUUGCCAAGUAAAGUUGUGCUUCAAAAAAGGAGACUAUUGCUCGGAUUUAACGCCUCCACGGUGUAAUAUUGAACCCGUGGGCAUUACAACAAAGUCCGAAGUAGAACUGAAAACAAUCGAAGAAGAUUUACAAAAUGAUCAACUUCUAUACACAACUACUGGUCCACUUGCCACGUCAAAAACAGUUCGCAUUCAAUCUACGGGCUCUCCAAAUACAGUGCCACUUUCAUCGUCCAGAAGCUCACCUCAGUCUUCACUGUCCUCUUUUGUUGCAGCCUUCCCCACAGUUAGUAAUGUGAGCAUCAGUAGUGCACACCAGGCAUCAAAAGUGAAAGUCCCAGCUAACAGUGAAUUUCGAAAUGAUUCUGCUGAUUCAGAAAAUUUGGACAAGAGUAAUAGCCAUGCAAUGCAUAAUAUACAAGCUGUUGAAGCAACUGAUCAUCUGCUUUGGUCAGCCAUUGAUUUUUUUCCGUAUUGGUAA